GCUCAUCUUUAUGGCAGGCAUCGUCUGUACUAACCAACGUCAGCCGGGGAUUGGGAGAAAGGCCGCUCAGCGCGGUCUGCGAUUGGAUGCUGACCGCUGUCCGUCAAUAAGGGGCGGGGUGAUGCGUCCGGGUCUGUUCAGCAGCUUCUCUAAGCUUCAUUUAGCGCUGCGGAGACUGUCACUGAGUAACUCUUUAUAUCCCAUUCUGUGAGUGAUCGCGGCUGGCACAAUGUAUGGGUUUGUCAACCAUGCCUUAGAAUUGUUGGUAAUAAGAAACUAUGGUGAAGAAGUGUGGGAAGACAUCAAAAGAGAAGCUCAGCUUGAUGAAGAAGGUCAAUUUUUGGUGAGGAUAAUAUAUGAUGACUCCAAAACCUAUGACCUUGUAUCAGCAGCAAGCAAAGUGCUCAAUCUCAAUGCUGGGGAUAUUCUCCAAAUGUUUGGAAAUAUGUUUUUCGUUUUUUGCCAAGAAUCUGGCUAUGACACAAUCCUGCGUGUCCUUGGAUCCAAUGUCAGAGAAUUUUUGCAGAACUUAGAUGCACUACAUGAUCAUCUAGGUACCAUUUAUCCAGGUAUGCGUGCUCCAUCAUUUAGGUGCACCGAUGCAGAGAAAGGAAAAGGUCUUAUUUUGCAUUACUAUUCGGAAAGAGAAGGACUGCAGGAUAUUGUUAUUGGCAUUAUUAAAACGGUGGCACAGCAGAUCCAUGGCACUGAAAUAGAUAUGAAGGUUAUUCAGCAAAGAAAUGAGGAUUUUGACCACACUCAGUUCUUGAUUGAAGAGAAGGACUCUAAGGAGGAGGACUUAUAUGAGGAUCUGGACAGGUUUGAAGAAAAUGGGACCCAGGAAUCACGCAUUAGCCCCUACACAUUCUGCAAGGCUUUCCCAUUCCAUAUAAUGUUUGACAGAGACCUUGUUGUUACACAGUGUGGAAAUGCCAUCUACAGGGUCUUGCCACAGCUCCAGCCCGGAAACUGUAACCUGCUGUCUGUGUUCACUUUGGUACGACCACAUAUUGACAUUAGCUUUCAUGGUAUCCUGUCUCACAUCAACACUGUAUUUGUCCUGCGGAGUAAGGAAGGUUUACUUGAUGUGGAAAAGUCAGAGACAGAGGAUGAACUGACUGUCAAUGAAAUUAGUUGUCUUCGGCUGAAAGGGCAGAUGAUCUACUUGCCUGAAGCUGACAACAUUCUCUUCCUCUGCUCUCCAAGUGUAAUGAACUUGGAUGACUUGACCAGAAGAGGUCUGUACCUCAGUGACAUCCCUCUCCAUGAUGCCACCCGUGACCUGGUACUGCUCGGGGAGCAGUUCAGAGAGGAGUAUAAACUGACUCAAGAACUUGAAAUUCUGACUGAUCGUCUGCAGCACACUUUAAGAGCUUUAGAAGAUGAGAAGAAAAAGACUGAUACAUUGCUGUACUCCGUUCUUCCACCAUCUGUCGCUAACGAACUCAGGCAUAAGAGGCCAGUACCAGCCAAAAGAUACGACAAUGUCACAAUCCUGUUCAGUGGCAUUGUGGGAUUCAAUGCUUUCUGCAGCAAACAUGCUUCUGGUGAAGGAGCCAUGAAAAUUGUGAAUCUCCUGAAUGACAUUUACACCAAAUUUGACAUCUUGACAGACUCUCGAAAUAAUCCCUUUGUCUAUAAGGUGGAAACAGUUGGAGACAAGUACAUGACUGUCAGUGGUCUUCCAGAGCCUUGUGUUCAUCAUGCCCGCUCUAUCUGCCAUCUUGCCUUAGACAUGAUGGAGAUUGCUGGACAAGUUCAGGUAGAUGGAGAAUCAGUAAAGAUUUUGCUGUAUUUUGUAACAGUGUAUGUUGGGAGCCUUGAUGUGGAAAAUGCAAUGGAAUUCAAAGCUUGUCCAUGUCAAGCUGUGGAGAAAGGAAUGUGUCUUAUGAGUCCAGAAAAUGCUGAUCCUCAGUUCCACUUACACCACAGAGGUCCAAUUAGCAUGAAGGGUAAAACAGACCCAAUGCAAGUCUGGUUUUUAUCCAGAAAGAUCACAGAUUCAAAGGAAUGAAUAGUCAGACUUUGACGAAGCAAGAAUCCAGGAAAACGACCAAGUAUUGUACACAGAGGAGGACUGUUCUGUCUGACCACAUUUCUUUCUUUCAUCUAUACCAACCACCCCUGGAAAUGGAUUUUAAUUUUUUUGUUAUAUAUACCAAUUUGUAGUUGUAGUUUUAUUGUGAAUAAUUUGAUGUAUCGUGUUCUUUGCCCUGGAGGCAACACAUUAUUUGUAUGCUAUAAAGUAAUUAUAAAGCUUGUAAAAAUAUGUAUAGUGUUUCACUAAGCAAUGGUUAAGUCUAGUUAACAAAUACUCAACAGUGGUAUAAUAAUAAAGUUAUUAAUAGAC